UUUUUAUUGAAUGAAUGGAGGUUAUGUAUUAGGGUUGUGGAUGCUCUUAACCAAAUUCAAAUUCCUAUUUGGUUUCUGCAAAAUUAAUGCAACAAUCAAACCCGUUACAUAUCACAAAACUAAUUCCUAUUUCUUGAAGGAAACCGGACGGGUAGAGGCGUACUGAAAAGGCUGAUGGGCCUCAAAUUUCUCACCAAAAGUUUUUGAUUUAUAGCUUUUGUUCCCUCUCAUAAGUUGACCCCACAGACAAUUUCACUCUCAUCUCUCCGCCUUCUCUCACCGUCGCUCGCCACCGCCCCAGCCGGCUAAUCGCAGGUUCUCUGCAUUUGAUCCCUCAAUAGCUGCUCUAUCAGAUCUCGCCUCUCAAUACAUUCAUUCUGAAUAAGACAUAUAAAGAACAGAAAGGAAAAAUGGCUGACAUGACCAAAGUCAACAAGCUGCGGCCAUUGGACAGUGGCCUUAAUAUAACAGUUAAGGUUGUCAAUGCAAAGACGGUAGCGCAAAGAGGCCAAAAUCAAGCACGGUUUUCUGAAUGUUUAGUUGGGGACGAGACGGGAAUUAUCAUUUUUUCCGCCAGAAAUGAUCAAGUGGGUCUGGCUAAAGACGGAAACACCCUUAUCCUCUCGAAUGCAAAAAUCGAGAUGUUCAAGGGAUCAAUGAGGCUGGCUGUUGAUCGUUUGGGCCGGGUUGAAGCGGGUGAUCCUGCCAGUUUCUCUGUGGAGGAGAGUAACAAUCUGUCGUUGAUAGAAUUUGAGCAUAUUGGUGUUGUUGUUUGAGCGAUGGUCUUAGGAUUUUGAUUUGGUUUUAAAUUUAUUAGACCAUUUUUUUUUUUUUUUUGUCAAAUCUGAAACUAAGCGUUUGGCUCGGGAACAUAACAAGCAACAGGCAAUAGCUGGUAAAACCUUGAGCUCAUAAUUUAUUGCAUUACGUGUUAUUGUCUUCCUGUCAUUUUUGUUUUUUGGUCUGUUUGUUUUGCGGCCAGCAGAACUUUUGCAGUUUAUGCAAUAUGCAAUGUGUGUUUGCUGCUUUGAGUAACCAUGUUUUAGACCGGCUUCCAAGUUUGUUGGGUGACCAGGUCAUAGAACCGGACAAUUGAAUUUUAAAGUUCUAAAAUUGUGUAUGUAUAUAUGUAUACACAUGAGAAAGGUCGGGCUUUU